AACAUUUGGAAACAGAGCUUAUGCAAUACACACAGGUGCAUCCAGUUUUCCUAUUGGUACAAGUUCAUCUUCUGCACGAGUUACCCAUUAUCCACAAAUACCUAAAACUCCACUACCUGCUGGAAAUCCGCAGAGAUCAGGCGUAAAAAGUUGGACACCACACAUGGGAUAUUCAGCUACAUCAUCCUCUGCCACAUCUACACAUGCCCCAUCGGUUGUUGUAGCAGUGGUAGAAGGGAGAGGACUGGCUAGAGGUGAGAUCGGAAUGGCAAGCAUCGAUGUAAAAAGCCCACAGAUCAUACUGUCCCAAUUUGCAGACAACACAACGUAUGCAAAGGUGAUCACUAAACUUAAAAUUUUAUCACCUUUGGAAAUAAUAAUGUCAAAUACUGCUUGUGUUACUGGGAAUUCAACCAAGUUGUUUACUUUGAUCACAGAGCAUUUCAAGAAUGUUAAUUUCACUACUGUCCAAAGGAAAUACUUCAAUGAAAUGAAAGGACUAGAGUACAUCGAGCAGCUGUGCACAGCGGAAUUCAGCACUGUCCUAAUGGAGGUUCAGUCCAGGUAUUACUGCCUUGCAGCUGUUGCAGCUUUGUUAAAAUAUGUUGAAUUUAUUCAAAAUACAGUUUAUGCACCAAAAUCGCUGAAGGUUUGCUUCCAGGGUAGCGAACAGACAGCUAUGAUAGAUUUUUCAUCAGCCCAAAACCUUGAACUGUUAGUUAAUAACCAGGACUACAGGAAUAAUCACACUCUCUUUGGUGUCUUAAAUUAUACUAAGACUGCCGGAGGGGGUCGAAGGCUACGUUCUAAUAUACUGGAACCCCUGGUUGAUGUGGAAACCAUCACAAUGAGGUUGGACUGUGUUCAGGAGCUGCUUCAGGAUGAGGAGCUCUUCUUUGGCCUUCAAUCGGUCAUAUCAAGAUUCCUCGAUACAGAGCAGCUUCUUUCUGUUUUAGUCCAAAUUCCAAAGCAAGACACGGUUAAUGCAGCUGAUUCAAAGAUAACAAAUUUAAUCUACUUAAAGCAUACUUUGGAACUUGUGGAUCCUUUAAAGGUUGCAUUGAAGAACUGUAAAACACCGUUAUUAAGAGCUUACUAUGGGUCCCUGGAAGACAAGAGGUUUGGGCUGAUACUUGAGAAAAUUAAAACAGUAAUCAACGACGAUGCGAGGUAUAUGAAAGGCUGCCUGAACAUGAGGACUCAGAAGUGCUACGCCGUGCGCUCGGAUAUCAGCGAAUUUCUGGACAUAGCGAGGAGGACUUACACAGAGAUCGUGGAUGACAUAGCAGGAAUGAUAUCACAACUUGCAGAAAAAUACAAUCUUCCUUUACGAACCAGUUUCAGCUCCGCUCGAGGGUUUUUCAUGCAGAUGACGACAGACUGCACAGUACUCUCCAGUGACCAGCUUCCUUCAGAGUUUAUUAAGAUUUCUAAAGUGAAAAACUCUUACAGUUUUACAUCAGCAGAUUUAAUUAAAAUGAAUGAAAGAUGCCAAGAGUCUUUGCGAGAAAUCUAUCACAUGACUUAUAUGAUUGUGUGCAAGCUGCUCAGCGAGAUCUACGAGUACAUUCACUGCUUGUAUAAGCUCUCUGACACGGUGUCCAUGCUGGACAUGCUGCUGUCCUUUGCUCAUGCCUGCACGCUUUCUGACUAUGUUCGGCCAGAGUUUACCGAUACUUUAGCAAUCAAACAGGGGUGGCAUCCCAUUCUUGAAAAAAUAUCUGUGGAGAAGCCUGUUGCCAAUGACACCUACAUUACAGAAGGGAGUAAUUUUCUGAUCAUAACUGGACCAAAUAUGAGUGGGAAAUCUACGUAUUUAAAACAGAUUGCUCUUUGUCAGAUCAUGGCCCAGAUUGGCUCAUAUGUUCCAGCAGAAUAUUCCUCCUUUAGAAUCGCUGAGCAGAUUUUUACAAGAAUCAGUACUGAUGAUGAUAUCGAAACAAAUUCUUCCACAUUCAUGAAGGAAAUGAAAGAGGUAGCAUAUAUUCUGCAUAAUGCUAAUGACAAAUCACUCAUAUUAAUUGAUGAGCUGGGCAGAGGCACUAAUACAGAGGAAGGUAUUGGCAUUUCUUACGCUGUCUGCGAAAACCUGCUGAGCUUAAAGGCAUUUACACUGUUCGCUACGCAUUUCCUGGAACUGUGCCAUAUAGAUAGCCUAUAUCCCAAUGUAGAAAACAUGCAUUUUGAAGUUCAGCAUGUAAAGAAUACCUCAAGAAAUGAAGACGCAAUUUUGUAUACUUACAGACUUUCUAAGGGACUCACAGAAGAAAAACACUAUGGACUGAAAGCCGCAGAGGCCUCGUCCCUCCCACCGUCAAUCCUUGUGGACGCCAGAGAGAUCACAGCACAAAUCGCCAGGCAGAUUUUGCAAAAUCAGAAGAGUUCUCCUGAAGUGGAAAGACAGAGAGCUGUGUACCAUCUAGCCACUAGGCUUGUUCAGACUGCUCGAAACUCUCAGUUGGACCCAGACAGGUUACGGAUGUUUUUAAGUAAUCUCAAGAAGAAGUAUGAAGAGGAUAUUCCCAGGACUGAAGAGCUUCCUGAGAAGACCGCAGGAGAGCAGCUCAUGUCCUGUGCUAGUGAUCAAAGGUUUUCAAGCGAGAACCAGUGA